UUAACCAUUAAGGCAGCUGUGCAGAGCCGGUACCGUACAUAAGGCGUGCGCACCGGCGUCCACGCCUCAGCCUGAGCGCGUUACCAAGAGGAGAAAACAGUGAGCCAGUCAGACACACGGAGUCUUUCCUCUGUUACUGAUCCUCACUCUGCUUCUUCUCCACUCUGGACCGCUGACACUAAAAGGUGACUGUCCACUCUGGUUGGAGAGGUACUUUUCAGCAGCCGGUAAUUCAAUCCUCAUACUGCAGAUCUUUAAAUAUCUCCCUUGAAAAAACCUCCCAGCAGCCACGUGUUGUAAGGUGAGACACCGACCAGUGUGACAUGAUCAGUGGACUGAGAGCAUGACCAGUCUGCACUGCAAUCUGGCCACUUCAGACCUCUGAUUUACUUUCCUUUAGCUAAAAGUCCAGCUGUUUAGAAGAAGAAGAAAAGGGACUGUUUACAACUGACUGGAAGGGAUUUCUGUGGUGAGUCCGAGCCUAUCGUUCUCUUUUUCCCUCUGUUUUGAACUAGUAUGCUUUCUUCUUUUUUUUGCCGGCCUACCCUGAGCACCUUGCAGUGAAUGGAGAACAUACUGGUCCUGCUCCCGAAGCACCGACAGGAACACGGGCUCUGCAGAAGCACGGCUGCAUGUGCCUUGCUGCAGCUUUUUUCACACAGAGCAGUUUUCUCCGGGUCUUUGAUAGUGACCAUCACACCCUGUAAGCCUCUUUAAUGGGAUAAAUCGGCUGGAUUGAUCAGGUUCAAAACCAGAUCAGGUGGUCAUUGCCAUUCUGACUUCCCCAAAACUGUAAGGCCAAGGCAACCUGACAUUUCCUUGUCAAGCCAACUGUCUUCCAAAGGCUUCCGCAUGGUACUUUGGUCGAAAGAACAAGACAAACUCCCCGACAUCGACAUGUCCUCCGGGGCUAUUGAGAUGAAGGAAGGAGGCCCCGUGAGUCCGGCCCUCCUCAACUCCAACUGCUCUGUCGACCCAGUGAUCCUCACUAAGGGUUCUGAGGAGGUGAGCCCAGGGACCGGGGGCGAGCUCGAACUCACAGAGGUCGCAUCAGAGAGGCCGAAUGAGACUGGGGAGGAUGGGGACAGGUCAGAGAUUGUGGUGACGAUGGAGUGCCGGGCCAACGCCAAAGGUCAGCGGGAGGAGGAUGCUCUCCUGGAGAAUGCAAGCCAGAGCAAUGAGAGUGAUGACACCAGCACUGACCAGAGCCCAGAACCACCAGCACCACUCAAGGAGACCUCCUUCUCUAUCGGCCUGCAGGUGGUCUUCCCUUUCCUGCUGGCCGGGUUUGGGACAGCGGCAGCGGGAAUGGUGUUAGACAUUGUCCAGCACUGGGUCGUGUUUACGGAGGUGUCAGAGGUGUUUAUCCUGGUUCCAGCACUGCUGGGGCUCAAAGGCAACCUGGAGAUGACGUUGGCCUCCAGACUUUCCACAGCGGCUAAUAUUGGUCAGAUGGACACAACCAAGGACAUGUGGAAGAUGAUCAUGGGGAACUUGGCCCUCAUCCAGGUCCAGGCUACAGUGGUGGGUUUCCUGGCCUCCAUAGCUGCUGUGAUCUUCGGCUGGAUCCCAGAGGGACACUUCAGGCUGGGCCACGCGGUGCUGCUGUGUGCCUCCAGUGUGGCCACUGCCUUCAUCGCCUCUCUGCUGCUAGGCCUCGUCAUGAUUGGUGUGAUCAUCGCGUCCAGGAAAGUCGGCAUCAACCCUGACAAUGUGGCCACUCCUAUCGCUGCUAGCCUGGGAGACCUGAUCACCCUAUCCCUGCUUGCAGGCAUCUCAACAGGACUGUACAAGGAGUUAGAGUACAACGACUAUGCCAACCCGCUGGUGUGCGCAGUGUUUGUGGCGUUGUGCCCCCUAUGGGUGCUGAUUGCCAGGAAGAUCCCAUCCACCAGAGAAGUCCUCUACUCCGGAUGGGAGCCCGUCAUCAUCGCCAUGGCCAUCAGCAGUGUCGGGGGUCUCAUUCUUGAUAAGACUGUCACCAACCCGAACUUUGCCGGCAUGGCUGUCUUCACCCCGGUCAUCAACGGUGUGGGAGGUAACCUGGUCGCAGUUCAGGCCAGUCGUAUCUCCACCUAUCUGCACAUGAAUGGUCUACCCUUGGGGGAUCCGAACCCCACGCCCAGGAAGUGCCCCACACCCUGCACCUCAUUUUUCGGCUCCAGUGUGAACUCUCGUUCAGCCCGUGUGCUCUUCCUGCUGGUUGCCCCAGGUCACCUUGUCUUCCUCUACACCAUCAACUCGCUGAGGGGGGGUCACACCACCCUGACACCCGUCUUCAUCACCUUCUACCUGGGUGCUGCACUACUGCAGGUGAUCAUUCUCCUCUACCUGGCAGACUGGAUGGUACACUGGAUGUGGGGCCGCGGGAUGGACCCUGAUAACUUCUCCAUCCCCUACCUGACCGCUUUGGGUGACCUGCUAGGAACCGGCUUCCUCGCCCUCUGCUUCCACAUGCGUUGGUUCAUUGGGGACACAGACAGUAGCCUGGGCAACUGAAUGCGUGUACAGACGGGCACGCACAUACACACAAAAUAAAUCACAUUCGCUUGCACGCACAGAAAGUGAGGAAUACCACCUGUAUGCCUGAAUUUGAUCUGAAACUGGACAGCGUCUACAAUAUAAAAGGGCUAAUCUCCUGUAGGUCUCUGAUUGACGGUAUAGUCGUCUUGUAGGGCAGUAGUGUUUCAUCUUCAGGAUAUCAGGACACGGAUGCACCAUAGCAGCAACCCAGAACCCCAUCAGUAUCUAUGUUUCACUUCAGAAACAAUGGAGAUGCAUAUAUCUCCACCUCGACCACCGAACAAAACUCUACCUACGAUGGAUGCAGCCCCACAGACUCCACUUCUCCUACUUUAUUUUACUUAAUAACAGCGUCCUACUACUUUUGUUAUAUUGACAAUGAUUAUUAUUGUUGGUAAAUAAUGCAUUUGAUAUGAAUUGAUAUCUGUUCUAUGUGAGGGGCCAAUCCUCAUUAUUUUCAAUGGGGACACUAGACCUCUUGUUUUUAAAGACUUUUAACACUUGAAACCAAGACAACAAAAGACAGCAAAAAAUAUACCCAAACAAGCCUAGAACGCUUAAUCACCAAGUGCUAUAUCUUAUAUACAGAAUGAGUAUUCUAUGAAUUGCAAAUCUAAUGUGUCUCAUCUCUGAUUUAGUAAGUGAAUAGAGCUACUGUAGCUGUUCUCUCUUUGGCCUUGUGACAGCAGGAACUGAGGUUGAGGGGUGUUACUACAGGGGACUGGACCACAAACGUAACAACCUAAAUCCCUUUUGGCGCCGCUCACAUCAGUGAGUGGCUUAAUUUGAGUUGGAACAGGUACAGGACAUCAAGGUAGUAAUUCCUGUGCUUUGAGAUUUUAGAGGAUCAGACGUGAGGUUAGAUUGCAGUCCAACAAACACUUUCGUCAGCCACUAUAAGAACGGAUUUACCUCUCAUUCAGUUAGCAAUUGAGAAUAGCCUAUUAAAGCGUACUUAAAAAUUUGUGUGGAUAAGGAUCGUGUGUUCAUUCGCACUAUAACUUGUCUUUAACCCUUAAACUUCCUCUAGAGUUCACAAAGGUCAUGCUACUUCUUUUUUUUUUUUGGCCAAAUCUACUAAAUGCUACCAUUAUGAAAUGUCCAGAAAAACAGAAAUGGUGGAAAAUAGUAUGUCGAAAAAUGGCCAGACAACUGUCGGUUAGGAAUGUGUCACUGUACCUUACACACAAAAACCCACACCUCACUGUUAAAGCUCACUGUGGGUUUUUUUUUUUAGUGGACACUAGGAGGUUAGAGAUGUCUUAUGCCGUGAGCUGUUCCAGGUGAGAAUAGCACCAGUCCCCCUGUCUGAAACCAUCUGCCAACUCUCUACUGGAGCAGGCUAGUUGUUGUUGUUGUUGUUGUUGUUGUUGUUGUUGUUGCCCAUGCCAGGCUUACAGUAAGUGACAAGAGGCUCAAUAUGCUGCCACGCACUGGAACAAACCUGCAGAGGUCAGCCAGCUGAACAGCAUUGCAUUCACACAUGGUGUGAAAGUGUGUUAAGUGGCCUUAGCCAGGAUGUGCUCACCAGAGUUCAACUGGAACAGAUGAUAAGAUGAAAGCUUAUGAUUUCUGAUAUAUUGUUUGGAUAUUUGAUAUCUUUAUAUCAAUGAUUUGACCAUUUUGAUUCUCACAAAGCAUUUUCACUGAAAGAUACAUUUGAGAUUGGUUAACAGUCACAUUAUCUGACCAGAGGACGUUCUUGCAAACCUUUUAAGUAUCCAGUGUUGCUUUUUAUUUAAAGGUUAGUGUAGGUCUUGAAGCUGUUAGAGGGCCCACACAGCAUAGAUGAAGGCCCGGUUGGACCAGCAUUUAAAACGGUAACAUUUAGUGGUCAGAUCAGUUCACUCCAAUAAAAUCAUAACAAUCAGGGGAUUCACAUGUGGGUGAACAUUUCUAAGGUAACAAAAACACAACCUUGUCUGUCAAGUCAUCUUGACAGAGCUGACCUUUGGGGGAAUGGAGGAAGCUACUAUUAGCUGUGUUGCACCAUCCACUUUUAAUUAACCUCAGUUCAAGUAUAAACUACUCAACAAAAGAGGAAUGUUUUGGAGACAGUUAACAGAUAGGAGCUGAUGGUAGAAAUAUGUCUCUUGAAUAAACUUAGUAAACUUAUUGUCCUAUUAGCGACCAAGCUAACUAGCUUGUUAACUGAGUUGUCCAGUUGGAGAGCUUUUAUCUUCCUUCCGUAACUCUUUAUUUAAUAGACUUAUCUACAAUGCUGCUAAUAAAAUGCCAUGUACAGAGAAUAUUGAAAGAAACUUUAGAUUUAUAUACGAUCUAUUGUGACUGAAAUGUUUGACUGACAUAGUCCUAGCAUGUUUUUCCAGCUUGCUAGCAUUAUCUGCAUAGGCCACAUACCUUUUAUGUUGAGUUCAAAUUUGAUGAACUUUGGCAUACAUGCAUUUUGUCACUACUGUAGGGACAGUAUUAGCUGUGUUACACUAUCUAAUUUUAUACAUCUUUGCUCUUCAGGGCUAUAAACUGUAAGCGCAGUAGUCACCAAGCUUCCAACACCUAUUUCUGGAGGAUGCUCAAUUUAUUUUGCUGUACUAGUCUCUGGUGUGGCCGGAUACUGGGGCAAAUUUCAUUACAGGGUUUUCUUUCAUAUGCUCUAGAGUGAGUUUGAGUAAAAUUCUUUGCUUUUUUUCUCUGGUCACACAUAAAAAUGAUAAAACAACUAAUAACAACAUAGUAACUACGUCUGAUUUUGGGAGAUUCUGACCUUUACAGAACAAUGUUUAAUCAAAGGGCAAAAUCUUAGUGACACACUGAUCUAACAUGCCUUCCUUACCGUCACACAAAUAUUUGAUUAUCUACCAGCUAAUCUUUUUGAGAAUCAGCUGACCCGAGCUGACUCUGUUUUUUAGGGCCCACAAGUGAGGAGAUGAAUGAAAAGGAAGUCUUGACUGAAAAAGAAACUGCAAACAGCCAUUGUGACAGACUGUACCUAGUACAGACGUCAGCCCAGAGGCAAAGCCUAGUGUGUCAGGAGAAACAUGCAUGUGAUGCUUGACUUAUCCGCCGCUAGUCAGACUUCUGUGUUGAUUUAAAAGGGGCCAGCAGAAUGCAUGUGCAGGGCACAUAGUGUGAAUGUGCAAAACCUGAUUGAUGUAUCUGUUAAAAAAAUCUUUUGUUUUCGGGUGUGACUGAUUUUCUUUUUUUUUUAAUGUGUUGGUUAUGUUCAAAUUGUGAUUUUUUUUUCUUCUAUUCCUUUCCUCCUUUCCCUAAUCAUUUUAACUCUUUUGUGAUUAUUGUUUUGUGUCAUGAAUAUCAUCGAGAAAACAACCACUGUAAAAGAUGAAGCAACUAUACUCCGCACUGGUCAAAUGCAAAAAAGUACUGUAAUCUGCUAAAUGGACACCAGAGGGCACCGCAGGGAUUCUCUUAACUGUACUACUUCUCUGUGCAUCUCUGUGUCCUCUGGAUUCAAAAACCACAUAUGUACGUCCACUCAGAGUGACAUUUGUUUUGUCGUUUUUGACUUGUUGUGAAAGUUGCAUCCUUCCAUCUGUUCACUCUCAGUCUUUAUUCUCCACUCUUACUGACCAGGUGCCAGCAUUCUGCCUCUAUGUCAAUGGAAAGUUGUGAAUACUUCUAUAAGGGGGCAGGUAAUGCUUUGUCUAUUUAUUUUUAGGAGCACACAAAGCAAAUUGUACAUACUAUAUUUAUUCUAUAUAUAAGGUUGUUUAUUUUGUCAUUUCAUUUUGACACCGUUUCUUUGUCACCAUGUUGUUGUCCUUUUCUCCUCUCCUUUAUGUUUUUUUCUUCUCUUUGCAAAAAGGCCAGUAGAGCUUUUUUUUUGGGCGCUUGCCGAAAUAGAAAAAAGGCGAUAAGGUGAAUGAAUAGCAAGGUGCCUAAUACACACUUCACACAUAUGCACACACACUCUGUCUCACACAGGGAAAGCAUACUUAUAAGACAUAGAAUGGCCUUAACCUAUCAGAGCCAAGCUCAACUCAGAGUAACCAAUCAGGAGCUAGGUUCGCCACAGAGUAGCGUCUCUUUAAUUAGCUUUGAUUAAUAAAAGAUGUACAGUGAAUUGAUUAUGAUGUGUAAUGUAAUAAUGACUUUAUAUGAUGCAGUGGGGGGAGAGGAGGGCUGGGAGUCUCAAUUGCAAGCUUUUGUUUCACCCGUUUUUUGAAAAAAUGAGGACUUGGAGGCUGAAAAAAAAAACCUCAGCAGGUUGGGUUUACAGGGCAUCCAAAAGGUCUGGAGUCAAGUUAAGCACUGACAGAUGGAAGAACCCACAAAUGGAUCAGAAACUUUAAAAAACACAAGUGCAGCAUGACAAAAACGCAGGGUCACUUCUUCUGAUUCCAGAUGUUUCCCCCUGUAUUUAAGUACCCAGCUUUUUAACCCCUUCACCCACCUACUGCCUUGUUAACCUCAGUGCUUCAGACCCCCAAGCAGCUCAACUCACAGGGAACCAGGCUGACCCUCAGGCUGCCAACAUCCACAUCGAGAUUGAGCCUUUGAUUAAGACACUAUAAGCUUUUACUUCCACCUGUUGCUGUCAGAUCUGCUGCAUGUAAAGAUUAGAAGAUGUAAAAACAAAACAUGUACAGUCUCACCGGGGGCCGAGGUCUUUGCGUUCUCUGUGUGUUCUUCUUGUAAAAGCCCUCCCUCUGUGAGGCUGGAGGAAGGCUUUCUCCCUGCAGGAUUUUGUAAAUUGCUGGAAAUAAAGGAUUAUAUUAUUUCAU